GCGAUGCGUUUACACGGUGCUGGGUUCGAAAGAUUCGCCCCGGAGUUUGUUUUGACUCGACGUGUUGGAUAACUAGGUUAUCUAGUUCCUUAAAACCUCCUCAAAAUGCUCUUAUUAAAGUCGAUUCCACCGGUCAGGUGUUUGCAUAAAGCCGUGCAAUCCGCCCGAGGAGUAGCUGUUUUGAACGCGGACACAAAGAAAUGCUUCCGUAAUCCCAACAAGUCCAGCCCCCUAACUCACCUCCCGGAUUACACAUUUAUGGAUGGCCGCGUUGCACCGUACGGGUCGAAUCAGAAAAAACGCAUCAUGCAACAGCGCGAAAUUGCGAAGCAGAUUGUGACGCUCUCGAAGGAGAUGGAUUUCGCUGUUGAACGCCAUAAUCGCAUCGAGAUGGAAGCGAAGGAAGCGAAACAGAAACUGUUGCGCGAAAAGCUUAAACCAAAAGGUCAUUUAUUGUUGAAAAAGACGCAGUGAAGAGGUUUGAGGUAGCAGCAAUAAACGUAAGAAUUGGUAGUUGUUCAGGA